AUGUUCAGGUCGGCACAGGUUUUAGACCCGACUGGUUAUCUGAGUGUCACCCCAUCACUCCUGAGUGAACCCCAUCAACCAGGCUCACGGCGCUCCAGUGCCACGCCAUCUAGUGCCACACCAUCUAGUGCCACGUCAUCCAGUGCCACACCAUCUAGUGUCACACCAUCUAGUGACACACCAUCCAGUGCCACGCCAUCUAGUGCCACACCAUCUAGUGCCACGCCAUCCAGUGCCACGCCAUCUAGUGCCACACCAUCUAGUGCCACACCAUCCAGUGCCACGCCAUCUAGUGCCACACCAUCUAGUGCCACACCAUCUAGUGUCACACCAUCCAGUGAUACACCAUCCAGUGCCACGCCAUCUAGUGCCACACCAUCUAGUGCCACGUCAUCCAGUGCCACACCAUCUAGUGUCACACCAUCCAGUGAUACACCAUCCAGUGCCACGCCAUCCAGUGCCACACCAUCCAGUGCCACGCCAACCAGUGCCACGCCAACCAGUGCCACGCCAUCCAGUGCCACACCAUCCAGUGCCACGCCAACCAGUGCCACGCCAUCCAGUACCACACCAUCUAGUGUCACACCAUCCAGUGAUACACCAUCCAGUGCCACACCAUCCAGUGCCACGCCAACCAGUGCCACGCCAUCCAGUGCCACACCAUCCAGUGCCACGCCAUCCAGUGCCACACCAUCCAGUGCCACGCCAUCCAGUGCCACGCCAACCAGUGCCACACCAUCCAGUGCCACACCAACCAGUGCCACACCAUCCAGUGCCACACCAUCCAGUGCCACACCAUCCAGUGCCACACCAUCCAGUGCCACACCAUCCAGUGCCACACCAUCCAGUGCCACACCAUCCAGUGCCACGCCAUCCAGUGCCACGCCAACCAGUACCACACCAUCCAGUGCCACACCAUACAGUGCCAAACCAUCCAGUGCCACACCAUCCAGUACCACGCCAUCUAGUGCCACGUCAUCCAGUGCCACACCAUCCAGUACCACACCAUCCAUUCCCACACCAUCCAGUGCCACACCAUCCAGUGCCACGCCAUCCAGUGCCACACCAUCCAGUGCCACACCAUCCAGUGCCACACCAUCCAGUGCCACGCCAUCCAGUGCCACGCCAUCCAGUACCACACCAACCAGUGCCACACCAUCCAGUGCCACGCCAACCAGUGCCACGCCAACCAGUGCCACACCAUCCAGUACCACACCAUAA